CCAAUGACAGGACUCUCGUAUUGAUACCAUUCGACAAGAUUCACGCCGCGACCACCUGGUGGUCUUCUCCAUGCAUUCACUGAUCCUUCAUUCUUGCCACUGCGGACACACAUCUCAGAUCGACAAUCAUUUCUCAACAGCUCGGCCAUAGAGCCUGAGUCGCCAAAAUGCCUGCGCCAAUGGAUACCAGUUACUUGACGACGCAAGUAACCACUAUCAUCGGCCAAUUGCACUCGAUCUUCGACGAAAUAGGUGUUCCUCGCAAUGAGCGCGAGUCAAGAGAAGCAGAGCUCUUUGCAGCACUAUCAGAAACCCUCCACAAUCAGCUACGGCUGGUGAGCCAGGAGAAGAACCAAAUGUCGGAGGAAGCACAGAACAUCAUCAAGACAAUAAAACAGAUGGAGGCGUCGCUAGACGACGAAAAGGACAGAGGCUACGAUCUGGACAGCACUGGCUUGCGAGUUACUUACCCUUUGAUUGAUUGUUUGCGCGACCUGAAAGAGAAAUACAACAUAGUCAGCAGACUACACCGCGAACGAUUCGAACAAGUCAAGAAGCUUGUACAAGCCCUCGAGUCAUACUCAUCCCAUCUCGAAUCCUCCUUCGUUAAGAUCAGACUGCCGCCGACUUCCUCCAAUUCCUGCCCACCCAACUUCGACCUGUCUCCCUCGUACGUCACCACACUCGACGAUGAGUUUACCCGAGUAUACGACGAAUACAACAAGAGAGUGGUUGUUGUUCAGCAAACAGCGGAGGAGAUUGUGCGCCUAUGGUCCGAACUGGGCACUCCACAAGCACAAACGGACUCACUGAUAGUACAACACUACCGCGACACUCCCGAACAACUCGGUCUUCACCAGGCCGACGUCGACCGGCUAAGGAGUCGGCGUGACAAGUUGCUGGACGAGAAAAAGGCACGCGAAAAGAGGCUGAGUGAUGUGAAAAAGAACAUUGAGAAUCUAUGGGAUCGACUUGGUAUCAAAGAAGCAGAUAGGAAAGCCUUCCUGGCUGCUAACCGCGGCUGUGGAUUGCGGACCAUCAACGAAUUCGAAGACGAGCUUGCUAGACUGAAUGAGUUGAAGAGACAGAAUCUUCACCUGUUUGUCGAAGAUGCUCGGGUCAGACUUCAAGAGCUUUGGGAUUCACUGUUCUUCUCGGAAGAAGAGAUGCUCGACUUCACACCAGCAUUCUCGGACGUCUACAGUGAUGCCCUGUUGUCAGCGCACGAAGCGGAAAUCGAACGACUUACCACGCUGAAAGAACAGCGUGCGCCAAUUCUAGCUGCCGUCGAGAAGUACCAAUUUCUCCUCGCAGACCGUGACGCUCUUGCAGCAUCUGCCGCUGACGCCUCGAGACUGAUGCUGAAGCCGCAGAAGGGCGAGAAGCGAGAUCCUGGCAAAUUACUGAGGGAGGAGAAGAUGAGAAAGAGAAUUGCAAAAGACCUACCAAAGGUCACAGCGGACCUAACGAAGGUUCUGCAGAAGUAUGAGGACGAAUACGGCAGACCUUUCCUCAUACACGGGGAGAGAUUCCUCGACGAGCUUGAAGAGGCGGAAGUGAAAGCACCACCUGCCCGAUCAAAGACACCCAAUGGGCUCCCACCAAGAUCGAAAACACCUGCACCAGCUCAUCCCUCGAAGCCAGCUGCCAGUUCUUCAAAGUCCGCUCCACCAAGUCGACCAGUCAGCGUAAUGAAGGGGACAAUUCCACGUUCGAAUGCGAAGACUCCCACCAGCAGUAGACCUGGUACAAUGAGGCAACAUGCUGCACCAGCACCAGCAAUCGCAGCACCCGCGGCGCAAAAGUCUCCUUCGAAGAUUCCAGCUCGUGCACCCUUAAGCAACCUCAAGCAUGGGAACAAUUCUCCCGAACGACGGAAUGCGCCACAUCAUUCUUCUCAACAUUCCCAGCUUGAAGUUCCGCAGAAUUUUGCGCAGAGCACCGGGACUAUGGGACCACCUCGCGCUCCGCCUCCAAGGAUGAGGGAUCUUUUUGUGCCUCCACAAGAACAGCCACAAGCACAUAGCAUCCUUGGGCAACACCAGCAUCCCGCAUCAAACCGUCCAGCAAGCGUUGUCUCCACAGGCUCCAACGAAAGCAGUCGAUACGUCGUACCAACGAGUCCCGAAGACGUAUAUGAUGAUCGAGAGAGGAUGUCGUACAUGUCAGCUUCGUUAUUGAAUCGUAGCCAAGAAGCGCAGCCAGCUGUGCAGCGGUAUUUCGCCCCUCACGCCCAACAACAGCAACCCUCACACUCUUCAUCGACAUCAAUACACAGCCACAGCAUCCGGCACAACCCAUCUGCACCGCCUUCAACGGUUGUAUCUCGCCAGACCUCGAACACGUCCUCCAAUAUGACCACAGGCACCACAGCGAGCGGCAGUGAAAACUGGGAGACGUUUUCCGAUGGCUCAGAAAUGGAACCCGAACGCGACGUCCGCGCUACAUAUUAUUCCAAGGUCCAACAAGCGAACGUGGCCACCACGAAUGCUUUAGGCAUGAACCACAAUCUGAAUGCGAACAGAAGCGCAGCAAGCGCUUUUGCCGGACAAAUGGCCCCUCCACCAGCGAAGACGCGAGUACAGCCUCAUGCUAGCCAUCAAGCUCAGCAAUACGGACAGUUUAGAGACGUGUCGGAUGAGAACUUGAGCACGGCUUUACACGCGCACAGUGCUGGGGAGGAGAGCGAGGCUGCGUGGAGCACUGAGUUGGAAGAGACGUACUAACGUUGCCGUUUCUAGCCGAUGCUGUGCUGAGGUCGGACUUUGUCUGUUUAUGCGAACAAAAAGUUGAUGGAGGGUCCAGAGUCGGUUUUGCGCCAUAAUGAUGUUCACGAAUUGAGAAUUUUGAGUCUACUGGGAUAUGGGAUUUCAGGAAUGUUGGUGUCUGGUGUAUGAGUGUACAGAAAUCAAGGUGGCUUUUUUGGGGGCGAGGCUGAGAGCACGGGAGUUUUGUCUGAUGAACGAACACGUACAACAAACAGAAACUGGAGGGGUUUUUCUUUUCUUUCGGUUCGAGUUAAGGGAACUUACAUUACAUUGAGAAUCCAAUGUACUUUUGUCAACGGUGAAAGUUCACAUAAUGAUGAUCA